CCGAUAUACCCCUGUAAGGAACAGUGGUAAUGCAUAACCAGCCUCAUUGCACUGCGGUAGCUUACACAUUGAGAGGAGCGCAUUGCCAUGGAUCAAAACCACAAACCAGAAGAGCAGAGCGAUUUGUACGCCGGCUUUAGAGAGCCGUACAAAUCCUUCGCCACUGAUGCUAUUCACGUCGGCCAGGAACCGGAGCAAUGGAAAUCAAUGGCUGUAGUGCCUCCGAUUUCCCUUUCUACCACAUUCAAACAGUUCGGACCAGGAAACCACGCCGGCUAUGAAUACAGCCGGAGUGGGAACCCUUCAAGAGACUGUCUUGAGAAGGCUGUGGCUGCUGUGGAUGGAGCAAAGUAUUGCAUUGCUGUUGCCUCGGGGCUGGCAGCCACAGUCACCAUCACUCACAUGCUCAAGGUGGGAGAUGGCAUCCUCUGCAUGGACGACGUGUACGGAGGCACAAACCGCUACUUCCAAAAAAUUGCUUCUCAAACUGGUACAGAGGUGUCUUUUGCCGACUUUACAAAGCCAGAGCUGCUGAAGGCCGCUCUCAAGCCCAACACCAAACUGGUGUGGAUUGAGACGCCCACCAAUCCCACCAUGAAGGUUGUGGACAUCAAGGCCUGUUCUGAUUUGGCCCAUGAGUUCAACAAAGACAUAGUGGUGGUCGUGGACAACACCUUUAUGUCUGCCUACUUCCAGCGCCCCCUGGCUUUCGGAGCGGAUAUCUGCAUGUAUUCAGCUACCAAAUACAUGAACGGGCACAGUGACGUGGUAAUGGGUCUGGCCUCAACAAACCGGGAUGACCUGUUUGAGCGACUGAGUUAUCUGCAAAAUGCACUGGGAUGUGUACCGUCUCCCUUUGACUGCUUCCUGUGUAACCGUGGACUGAAGACACUUCACCUGCGCAUGGAGUGCCACUUUAAGAACGGCAUGGCUGCUGCCAAGUUCCUGGAGGCAGAUCCCAGGGUGGAGAAAGUCAUUUUCCCAGGCCUGUCCUCUCACCCCCAGCAUGAAGUGGUGAAGAAACAAUGCACCGGGUGUCCGGGGAUGAUCACCUUCUACAUUAAGGGGAAACUGGAGCACGCCAGCGCCUUCCUCAGUAACCUCAAGUUGUUUGCCAUAGCUGAGAGUCUUGGUGGAUAUGAAAGUUUAGCAGAACAUCCGGCGAUUAUGACCCAUGCAUCAGUGCCAGAAAACGAGAGGACUGCCCUGGGGAUCAGUGACACGCUCAUCCGGCUCUCUGUGGGCCUGGAGAAUGAGGCGGACAUCAUCCAAGACCUGGAGCAGGCCCUGGCUGCUGCUCAUCCAAAGAAGAAGUGAAAUGUCUUCAGGGAUCCUCGAGGCUGAGGUUGAAAUCAGUCAGUCGAGAUGAAGACCUGAAGUAUCAAAUCAUCGCAGAUCAAUGCUUGGUACCUCAAUUCAGCGCACAAAUGGCAGAGAUUCAACAUCAGGGAACAAGUUGUGCCCUCUGUGAAUAAUUAACCAGUGAAUUGUUUAAAUGCCUCUUUCUAGAACAUCAGUUUUAAUCCUGUUUACCUUAUGCUGAGUUUGCUUUGUUUCCUUGUUUUUAUUAUUCAGUCAAAAGUGUUUAGUAUGACUUACUGCAGGAAAACCCAAUUUUCUUUAAAAGAAAAGGUCUGCAAUGCUUGAUGAAGGUGCUAUUUUGUAGGGAACACAAAUGUUUUGAAAAAAUAAGAAAGGUUCAAUGAAUUCUUCUGGCGAAAACUUAAAAAGCCUUUAAUCGAAUGUCUCUUAGACCCCACUUAGAAGCACAAACCGCUUUCAUCAGAGUGUUUACAGCUUAAAAGCCACUCUAUUUUUAGAAUUUGACCAUGAAAAAGCCUAAUGAUAAAUGAAUAAAGGAUUUUUAACAUUUUGCCCAAAGAGUGCCUUCGACCUUUUUUUUUUUUUUAAACUGUAGUUUCUGUAUAAUCUCGCUGUAAACGUUGUGUUCAGGUUUGCAGUCUCAAAACGUCACUGCCCUUAGUACUGCAGCUGUUAUGUGUAUUCAUAAUUCUAGGAGCCUUAGUGUCUUCUGUAAAAGAUUACAUUUAGACAAUAAUAAUAUCUUAUUAGACUAACCAGACUAAUGCAAGCGAAGCCAACGCCUCCAUCUAUUGGUGAAAAGUCAGACAGAUUUUCUUUAAUAUUAUAUAUAAUAUAGCUCAAAUAUUUAAGGCUCUUCAAAACCAUUACAAUCCCCAAAAGAACAAAAGAAAAACUCCAUUCAAAAAGAAUGGAUAAAAGUGUGUGCAUUUGAUUCCAGAAUAUUGAUAUGAUUGAUAUUAUGCUUAAUGUAGAGUCUUCCUCGUAAAGAUGAGAGGAGUCCUAUUCCUCAUGUUUGAGACUAAUCAGGCUAUUAGCCAAUAAAUUAGGUAUGUUUGGUAAGCAUAUGCCUUAUUUGGAGCAUCAUUUCCCAGCAAUGAUGAUGUUGAAGGUUUUCAUAGUAACAACUGAAGGCUGCUACAGGAGUAUUCCUCCUAAUGUUCCUGAUGAAUAAUUGUUACUGAAACGGUAGAUGAGUGCUCUUGAACUCAAGUCAACGUGUUUGGGCUAAUGAACGAAGCAACAUUCCCCCCCCCCCCCCCCCCAAGGGCAGAACAUGCGUAUUUCACUCAGCCACUCCCACCGUCUGCACUCCUGUAGUCACAUGUUGCAUCACUGCUCAAGUAUUCACCUCAUUUGGAACAAACCACUCACAAUCAAUGUCAUUUAUGUAACCGACAAAUCCAUUAAAAUCAGUUUGCAGUAGAA